CUUGGAUGCGCUGCGUACCUACCUGACCAACGACAUCAUCCUCCAUCUCCCACAUCUUCCAAUCACUCGCUGCCUCUCCCACCACGCAUUCAACACCGCCCGCGUGGACCAAACCCCAAACCCCAAAUCCCAAACCCACUCCCCAUAGUGUUCGCUCGUCUGAUUAGCAUCUACUCGAUAGCGCCCAAGUCGCCUAUUUGCCCGCCCUUUUACGGAAUCAUCACAGUACGGAGCCUCCCAAGAGACGCGGCCUGCAGUUCGACAACCUAAAUCUGUCUCAGACGCAUUGCGAUAGCCGCGAAAAAUCGAAUAGUAAAUCGUUGGGACCCAUCCAUAAUGAUUUGCUGGACCCUGCGAACUCUGAGCAGCUAAGACCCGCCCUGGCAUGUGUGAGUGGUGGUCGAGAUCAAGCCUCCGCCCUUCCUCCUCCACUCGACUCAACUCGCACCUACGCAUGCUGCAGCAGACAUGGACCCGUCGUCCAACAAGCCGACUGGCUCAGCAGAGGCCGACCGCUCGCAGUCAACCGGCAGUAUCCCAACUGCCCUGCUCCAUCCCACGUUAUCCCGCGAAUCCACCUCGAGCACGGCAACCAUAACCCCAAAGACCGACUCGUGGCCCUCGAAGUUGACUUCGCAGACCUCGACCACGUCCACCUCCUCUUCGGCUGCACCUUCACCUCUCCACUCGCGCGAGCCCUCUCCAACACGACCGCCGCGGCAGCAACGUACGAGCACCUCACGAGCGUCAUCCAUCAACCCCGGGCCCCGGUCGCGGAAAAACAGUGCUCAGGAUCUAGGAAAACAAGCCAACCCGCCACCACCACCACCACCACCCCCCACGACGAAAACCUUGUCCUCCUCCACGACGCCUACUCUUCUGCCCACUGUAUCAGACCCAAGCUUCAAUGCGGGUGCACCCGUCAAGUCACCCACGUCCAUGGAGCAUAUUCGAGAGUCACCCCGGUGGCCGGUAUCCCCUAGGCUACGAUCUCCUCCACCCAUUCUCCACCAGCCAACCAUCCCACCUCAGCGACGAUCAGAGCACGAAACACCUCUAAUUGCUCUUCAGCGUGCGACCCCGCCCCAGCCUCGAUACCAGGAGCCUCAAUCAGACACCGAUACCGACGACGCCCACAUGCCGUCUGGGUUACGAACCCCCGCUCGAGGUGGUGGAAGCAGCUCAGUCUUGGAGACUGUCCAGGAAGUUAGUCCACUGGGUUCGCCACGGGGACCAGGAGAGUCGCUGGAGGAAAAGAUUGCUAGCAGCAUGGCUUCUGAAUCGUCACAGGCGGAUCUGAUUGGUCUCGGUCUGUCCAAGGAGACAGUGGGUAGAUCCAACACUGGCCCGAACGACAGUGGUAGUGAUAGUGGCAGCAUCAAGGCUAGCCGACGGGGCGGAUCUGGGAUGCCACCGCCCCCUUUGACGACAAGGCAGUCGAGCACCUCGAUCAACAAGCCGAGCAUGCCCAAGACCAAGACCGGCGACCUGCCAUUGCAGAGUAUGACGGUCGAGACGGAGACGGUUACCUCGAUUCCCCAAGCUGCGUUGGCCCCAAGUGUUGGCACCCAGGUGUCAAGUGCCAGUUUGCGGACAAAGGCCAGCAACGAGACGAUACGACCGAGGAAGGAGAAAAAGAAGCCGCCACGGAAGCAACCCACUGUGACGGCGGUCAAUGCAUCCUCCAAGGCCGAUAUCUUCGAGGCCAAGGUCGCAAGCGCCGUCGAGGAAGCAAACUCGUCCGAUUCCGAAGAGACUUUUGUCUACGAUUCUAACCCACCAGAUGCCCGUGACCGACCGCCGAGAUUUCAUUCACGAACGCCGAGUGCGACAUCCAUGGUCAGCCAAAUCGAUCGGUCUGGGAUGAGGUCCAUCCACACCGUGAUGGAGAGUUCUGGGCCUCAAAUGGUUGUCAAGAAGAGCAUGAAAUUCGUCAACACUUACAACAGCAAUGCAAAUGACGGCAUCUAUGGCGACGAUGAUGGGAAGGGAACUGGCAGGAGCAAUGCCGGUUCUGCCCGGGGAACUGCACGACAUCACCAUCAUUUCGGCCGUUGGGGCCGUAACGGAGGCAGCAAUGGUCACCCCUCAUUGUUCGCCGAGCACUCGCCUUUCAGUAACGCUGCAGCUGUUGGGAACGGAGGCUCAAGACACUCUUCCAACCCUCCGAGUCCCCGCUACGCUAAUGCUCGUAACUACUCAGCAGCAAAUGGAAAGAGGUCGACACAUCUAUCAGCAGGGUAUGAUCUCGACGACAACACUACUGGCGCUGACGACGAGACAACACCCUUGGUUCAGUCCUCCACGAUGCGAUCAUCAAGGUCAGGCAGAAGUCGGAGGGGUCCUCACUCGCACUCAUACCGGUCGAUUGAGGCGCAACAAUACAGGUCACCUCCCUCGGUUCUCAACCGGUUCGCGAGUUGUCUGGUCUUGACGGUCAUGCUGUUGCUCAUUGUCUCGGGCGCCAUCGGCUUCAUGUUUGCGACAUCACAACCUCUCACCAAUGUUCAGCUCACCAAUAUGAGCCAUAUUGUGGCCAGCCAACAGGAGCUUAUGCUCGAUCUUACCAUCAAAGCCCAUAACCCCAACGUCGUGGUUGUAGCUGUGGAUUCUUGCAACAUCGAGGUCUUCGCCAAGUCGCCACGCGGAAUGUCGGAUUCAGAGUGGUGGCGCCAUACCCAUCCCGGCGAGGUUGGACCACCACCCAUCAAGAGACCCGAAGGCGAAAUGUUGGCGAUGGAGGCCGACGAUGAUGAUGAUUCGGCGCCUAACCUGCACCUCGGCACCAUCACUGGAUUCGAGAGUCCCCUGACUUUCGAGGGUUCUUUCUUCAACCAGGGCGAUUCGUACUCGACUGGCGAGGUCCGCCUGAAAGAUCCUGGCAACGUCACCAAACCUGGUGGUCCCGAGCGAUGGGAGCGGGUCCUGGAGGACGAGUUCACGUUGAUUUUGAAGGGCGUCAUCACAUACACUCUUCCCCUGAGCCAACGGGAGCGAAAGGCCACCAUCACUGCGAAGAAGAUCAUCAGACCAAACUCGGCCGACGACCCUGCGGUCCAACCCGACGACGGGGACGUUACCAUCUCACUUAUAUCUUAAUAAUUGGCACUGGCUUCGGCCGUGCGUCCAGCGACUGCAGAUAAAUUUCCUUUUUCUAUGUGAAUGACUCUCUUUUUUUCACGAAGACAAAGACAUACCUAUUUUAUUCUCUUACACUUUUCAUUCUCUCUUCGGUGGCAAUUGGUUACAUGUGUAUAUUUCUGGGGCUUGUGUGUUUGUGUGAUGAAGCGUUGCAUGGCAUUAUGGACUAAGAGAUAUUCCCCCGAGAGAACAUGGGCUGGUAAAGAGGCAAAGCAAACUGGGCGUUGGUUGGAUUGGUAUACAAAAAUUCAAAACUCACAUCACAAACAAAUUGAGCAAGCAAAGACCGGCAUUAUAAGAAAAGGAAAAGACGGACUGUACAGAGUUUCUCCAUCAUUGGUAGUUCAGGGGGUACCCAAUACGUAAUGAUGGUGAGAUGGAUGGUGGAGGGCAUGUGGUCUGAAGGAUAAGUGCUGGAGGUGUUUCUGUUGGGACCCGCAGACUAG